AGCUUUUAGGUUCUUUAACUAAAUUAUACGAACGCGCUGUAUGAAAUGAUGUAUAAAUGAAAUGGCUGAUGUUUCAAGAAUCAAAAGAAAGGUUAAGUCGCUUAAACCUGUGCAAGCACCAAUUCCCGUUAAGCCUAAUUUUGAACCUCCUAAAUGGGCAGGAAAGCCUCCUCCUGGAAUGCAUUUAGAUGUUAGCAAAGAUGGAAAGCUAAUAGAGAAGUUUAUUGUUGAUGGAAAAACUCAUUUCUUUUUUGGACGUCAAAAGGAGUAUAUUGAUUUCACAGUGGAUCAUACAUCAUGCUCUCGCAUUCAUGCUGUUAUGGUUUACCAUAAGCCUUUGCAAAGAAUGUUUUUAAUAGACUUAGGCAGCACUCACGGCACAUUUUUGGGGAAUACAAGACUUGAACCAAACUGUCCAAUGCAGUUACCUGUUGAUGAGAACUUUCACUUUGGUGCAUCUACAAGAACUUGGGCGCUGCGAGAGAAACUAGCUACAGGAAUCAUGGAUAAUUCUCUAAAUUCAAGCAUUAAUGGAGUUGAUGAAAAUGAGACUACUAAUCUCAGUUUGUUAGGGUUACCUGAAGCUGAGAAUGAUUUAAAUGAUUUGACAGAAUAUAACACAGCACACAAUCGACGGGUUACCAUUUUGCCAAUCGAUGAAGGAAGUAUUGUAAACCCUUUAAAGAGAAAGCGAAAAAAAAGUUGCAAUGUGACAUUUACUACUGAAGAUGAAAUAAUUAACCCAGAGGAUAUUGAUCCCACUGUAGGAAGAUUUCGUAAUCUUAUAUCAACUGAAAUUAUUGCUCCCAAUAAGAUUAACAAACAAAUUUUAGGACGAAGUACUGAGAUAGGUUCAAAUAAAGUAAGACAAGAUUUUCAAGUCAACAACUUAUAUAAUGACUCGUCUAUAUUAGAACCUGCAAGUUCAGCUACCACCUUGAUGACCCCUAAAAUAACAUCAGCUCCUGAUGUGGAAAGUCCUGAUGUUAUGCGUCCAAUAUUGCCAGCACUUACAAAAACAAUUAUAAGAGCUGAAAUAAUUGAGGAAGGUCCACAGGAGCCUACAAGAAAGAAGUAUAUGAAAGAAGCAUGGCCAGGACGCAAACCUAAAGCUAAUAAUCUUCUUAGUGUUUAGAAUAGCUCCGUUCUUUUUGAAGAAAAACGUUUUUUAUUGUUUUAUGGGUAGCAAGUAUUUUAAUUUACUCAGGAUUGGCGACCCUGCCCUAAGCGAGCUCUUCUGCUUUAGCAUGAAGUUGACUGUUAAACACAAUGACUUACACUACUUAUUACGACUGUUCACAAUGAUGAUGAUGAUGAUAAUAUGAUGAUGAUGAAAAAAUUUGGGUAGUGAAUUUACAGGGGAUGACGACCCUGCCCUCACGAGUCACUGACCAAACAGCAGCAACGGAAACGGUAGCCAUACAGCAAAAUCAGCUGACAAGUUUUAAAUUUUUUUUUUUCAUUUUAAUUAAAAGAUGACAGGUUUUUUUUUCGA